GGGUACGUGUGCGCGGGUCUGCGCAUGCGCCGGAGAGUGUGUGGCGGCGGCGCAGCGAGCCGGCGGAGCGACGAUGGCAGAGGAAGAGCCGCGCAGAGGCGAGUGAGGACUCGGCGGGGAUGGCGGACAAACCUCUGCCGCUGUUCGUGAAGCUGUUCGCCGCAGGAUUUUACGGCGUGAGCUCGUUCCUCAUCGUGGUGGUGAACAAGAGCGUCCUCACCAACUACAGGUUCCCUUCGUCGAUAUGUGUCGGCAUCGGACAAAUGCUGGCCACAGUGGUCGUGCUGUGGGUGGGCAAGGCUUCGAGGGUGAUCAGCUUCCCUGACUGUGAUGAGAGCAUACCUCGCAAGACGUUUCCUCUGCCGCUCCUCUAUGUGGGGAAUCAAAUCACCGGUCUGCUGGGAACCAAACGGCUGAACCUGCCGAUGUUCACCGUCCUCCGGAGGUUCUCCAUCUUGUUCACGAUGCUGGCCGAGGUUCUCCUGCUCAAGAAGAAGUUCUCCCGGCCCGUCCAGCUGACGGUAUUUACAAUGAUCCUCGGGGCGUUCAUAGCCGCCAGCGCCGACUUGUCGUUCGACCUCCAAGGCUACGUGGUCAUCCUCCUGAACGACGUGCUGACCGCGGCCAACGGGGCCUACGUCAAACAAAAAUUGGACGCCAAGGUACUGGGGAAAUAUGGAUUGCUGUAUUACAACGCAUUGUUUAUGAUCAUUCCCACCGUGCUGUUGGCGCACGUGACCGGAGACAUGCAGAAGGCGGUGGAGUACGAUGGCUGGUCAGAUAUGUUCUUCCUCGCCCUCUUCAUCCUCUCUUGCAUCAUGGGGUUCGUUCUGAUGUAUUCCACCGUGCUCUGCACUCAAUACAACUCGGCGCUGACGACGACCAUCGUGGGCUGCAUCAAGAACGUUCUGGUGACGUACAUCGGGAUGGUGUUCAGCGGAGACUACAUCUUCUCUUGGACCAACUUCAUCGGUCUGAAUAUCAGCAUUGCAGGCAGCCUGGUUUACUCCUACAUCACCCUCACAGAGGAGCAGUCCAUCAAAGCGAGCGAGAACACCAAGCUGGACAUCAAGGGCAAGGUGGUCGUCUGAGAUGCACUGGACUUUACGCUGACGACACCAUUUUUAGUACUACUUUUAUUCAUUAAGUAUUAUUUUUGGGGAAACUUUCUUUCUCGGAGGCUGAGCCGUCACCCUGAAUCCCCUCCAGAGGGAUUGUGGGUUGUUUUUAAUUAAAAAAAGGUAUUUUAAUACGUGUGAGCAUCGCGAAGAAGGGGAAACAAUAAUAUUGAUGUGACAUUGACUGAACAUAAUGUUUCCUGAACGCGGGAGCGAACAGCUGGAAAUAUCCGUUAUUUAAAGGGGAAGUUCGGACCGUUUGAAGGUGUGUUUUUUUUUUUUUUUACCAAUGGAGUCUGGUGGCUUUGAAGAGGGCUCAGAUAACGGCUUCUCGCCGCUGGUUAAAGAGGAGAUAUUCUAAAUAUAACUUAUCCUGAUCCUUUUCAUGAGUCUAAAACACUUUCACUUUGCUCCGUCUGCUGUCGUAUGAAAAACACUCUUCAAAACAUCCGAACUGUCCCUUUUAAGAAGCGGAAUCGUGGUUAUUUUAAAGGCACAAUCCUUAUUUUUACUUCGUUUUAUUGCCCUUUUUUUCCUGUUUUGCUGUUUACAAGGAAUGUACCUUUUUUUCGAUGCCUUCGCAGUGAGCUGCACUGACGCUGUCGUUGUCCGUCGUGGUUUCAGGCUGGAGAUACUUUUCUUUAUUUUUUUGCGCGUACACUGUUUUAAAAAGCUCGUGAUCCUCGUCCUUCAAAAACAACCAAAGCGGACGGAGGCCGUCGAGGAUUGUGGCUUUAAAUAAAUAAAGGUUCACAUUUUGCUCCCUCGGUAUUACAUUAGAGUUUAUUAUUAUUAUUAUUAGAGUUUGUUGGGCCGUCGCUGGUUCUUUAAAUGCAGAAUUAACUAAACCGGACUUCUGGUUUGGGAUUUUUAAACGAGGGUCCGUUCUGUCUUUUUAUUUUUUUGGGAGUUUCUUGACAAUGUUAUCGCUACUUUUACCGAGGUCGCACCCACAGACUCCCGUUACCUUCAUUGUUGAGAUUAUUGUAUUCUGGAGGGUACGUUUCAGGUUUUUAUUUUUAAUUAUUACAAGAGACGCAUUUUUCUAAAACUUUUUAAAUAGUCGGGUACGAUAUUUUUUGAAUUUUUUUUUUACAUUUUUAUCUACUACUUUUUUAUAUUUAUUAUAGACUUAAUAUUCAUGUUGUAGGUGGAGUUUUGCUGAUCGCAUCUUUAAAACACAGUGACGAUGGAUUUGUAGCUGAAACACGAUGGUGUAUUUUUACAUGAAAAAGAAAAAAAACCUUUUAUUGACACGAUGCAUUCAUUUUGGAUUUGUUGUUGAGGUUGUGAUUAUAAAAAUACUAUUUUAUUCAAUCUCCA